UGUGAUUUGGAUUUCCAGAUAUCGACAAGCGAAAUGACGAAGCUACGGACAAACGCACAAGUUGGUAUUUUGGUGAUACUGUUUAUGUAAACGGUGUAUGAACAGUAACUUGGAAUUUGCAGUGCCAAUUCACCGUAAACCCCACACCCGUCACCUUCGUUCGUACUACGUUGUUUCUUAAGCGGGCCACAGAGAGAGAGAGAGAGAGAGGGAUUUCAUCGAUGGAAGUUGCUUCCAACGCACCACGCACUAUACUCCAUCAUUUUGGUUUUAAGGAAUCGAGAUCUUUCGCGGCAUCGUCAUUAUUUCCAUCGUGCAGUUAUAAAGGACAUUACACUGUAUGCCCUCCGCAUAAACAUGCAAUUUCAAUAAAUUCUACUAACUCUGCUCAAAGUAGUUAUUUAUCUGUUCCAAGGAAGUAUGUCAGUUUGCCACGGCACUAUUUAAAGCCAAAGGAGGAUCUAAAUAGACCAUAUUAUGAUAAUAGAUUGCAUAACGGAAAUAGAUACGUAGUUGUGAGAUCUGAACUUGCUGGAACUGGGAACUAUGAUGCCAGCUCCCCAUUAUCAGAACAUAAGUUGGGCUCAAAAAUUAGGGGAAUAUGCUUUUAUGCUGUCACUGCUUUCAAUGCCAUCUUUCUGUUUGUGCUGAUGCUGGUGGCACAUCCAUUUGUUCUCUUGUUUGAUCGAUACCAAAGAAGAUUUCAUCAUUUCAUUGCCAAAACUUGGGCAACUUUCACUGUCACUCCAUUUCUUAAAAUCGAGUAUGAGGGAUUGGAGAAUCUGCCUCCUGAUAUUCCUGCUGUAUAUAUUUCCAACCACCAGAGCUUUCUAGACAUCUAUACUCUUUUCACUCUGGGAAGAAGCUUCAAGUUCAUCAGCAAGACUUCAAUAUUCCUCUAUCCCAUUAUUGGUUGGGCCAUGUUUCUGAUGGGUACCAUUCCUUUGAAGCGCAUGGACAGUAGAAGCCAGUUGGACUGUUUUAAGCGAUGCAUGUAUCUUAUAGAGAAGGGGGCCUCUGUCUUCUUCUUCCCAGAAGGAACACGGAGUAAAGAUGGAAAAUUAGGUGCUUUCAAGAAAGGUGCAUUCAGUGUUUCAGUAAAAACCAAAGUGCCAGUGGUACCUAUUACCCUUAAGGGAACUGGGAAAAUCAUGCCUGCAGGAAUGGAGGGUAUCUUGAAUUUUGGUUCCAUAAAAGUUGUUAUCCAUAAGCCUAUGAAAGGAAAUGAUCUAGAUGUACUAUGUAAGGAGGCUAGAAACAUAAUCGAAGAUGAGCUCAAUCACCAAUGACAAGAUAUCUGAUACAGGAAGUUCUCUUUUUAUUGCAAAUUUGCAACAGCUUAAUACCAAAUCCUUAAUGUGGAAUCAAGAAAAAGAAAUCGGAAGGUAUAAAUCAAUUAAGCUUUUUCGUCUGGAUUAAUUGUUGUCAUAACCAUGUCACGUGAGAAGUAAGGUGAUCUUUAUUUCCAAUCAAUAUGACUGGUAUGUAAUCUUGUGUGUAGACUUAUUAUGGCUCUUUUGCAGAUAUCACAAAUGAUGGAAGUAUUGUAUGCAAUCUUUUCUGUUUUCUUUAUUCUUUUCUUUUUUUCUUUUUUUUUAAAAAAAAAGAAUGGAAAUAGAAUAUGAUAUGGACAUGGAGUCUACCUGGAUCCAGUAUUUCUAUUUUUGGAACCUGAAACAACGUUGAACUGUCAAAGUUGGUUGAAUCAUGAAUGUUGCCCAAUAAAGGAUGGUUUGACUGGACUGAUUGCACUUAAUAUAAAAAGUAUAAAAUGACAAUAA